GUUUCUCUCGCAUCAGAGAGGCGGAAGCGGCUUCGGUGACUCGGUGGGGGUCAAAGUCUGCAGAGAUGGAGCUGAAGGAGCGGGUCACCGCGGCUCUCAGGAGUCUCUCCGGUAAAGUGGAGCUCUCCCGGUUACCGAUACCGAAGUCUCUGCCGAAGGCGUCGGUGCUGAUCCCCCUGCUGCUGCAGGACGGAGAGCUGCGGCUCCUGCUCACCGUGCGCUCCAUACACCUCAGUCAUCACGCUGGUGAAGUGUGUUUUCCAGGAGGAAAGUGUGAGUCUUCAGACAGAGAUGAUGUUCACACAGCGCUGCGAGAGGCGGAAGAGGAGAUCGGCCUUCCAGCGGACGCAGCGCAGGUCAUCGCUACACUCUUCCCUGUCAUCAACAAGGCGGGUCUGCUGAUCACGCCGGUGGUGGCCUUCAUCCAGAGCUCCUUCAGGCCCAGCAUCAACCCACAGGAGGUCAGUGAGGUGUUCACGCUGCCGCUGGACUUCUUCACGCGAGCGGACCAUCAUUCGGGAUACCCCGUGCCCAGCGUGUUCGGUCCCACACACAGCUUCAUGUACACGGAUCCGGCUAGCGGUCGCGUGCAUCAGAUCUGGGGUCUGACCGCGGCUCUGGCCAUCACGGUGGCGGCGAUCGGUUUGCAGAAAACGCCGGAGUUCCAGACGGGCUUCGAUCUGGAGGAUCCAGUGUCUACAUUCAGGAGCGCACUGCAGCGCAGGCUGAGCAAGUUAUGAGCAUGUGCUGUUGAACAAGCUCAUGUAAACACAGCAGAGUGUGAAUAUAUCCAUUAAUUAAUUAUACUUUUAUAAACACACUUGAUAAUGAAGCACUGUGAUUGACAUUCUCAUGUCAUCAAAGGGGGAAAGCCCCGCCCACUAGUGCCCAUCAUCUCCAUCUCAUUAGCAUAAACAGCAGCCCUGACUGACAAAAGCAUGAAGCACACACUCACACUGAAGCACACCUGACCAGCACUGACAACACACACACUGCUGUUUUACAUCUGUCACUAUGCUGAUGCACAGGCUUCUGUAGCACAGAGGAGCUGAUGCACAGAGGAGCUCCGCCCUCUUCUGAAUCUCAUUUGCAUUUAAAGCAACAGUCACCAAAACACCACAAUUAGGAUCAAAUGCUGAAAGGAUCAGUUUUAGAGAGCUAGAGGACAUUAUUUGUGUGCUAUUCUCAGCUCAAACACAGCCGAGACGCAUUUACAUCUUGUAAAAGGGAACAUAAUAGGUCCCCUUUAAGGCUAGUGUGUUUUGGUGUAAAUACAGUGUGUGUCAUAUUUUAUAUGAUUUGCACUGAGCAUCUCUUUGGUCUCCUCUGAUUGGAGUCACUAUUUCAGCAGCAUUACAUACUUCAAUCCAGUAAAAUAGUAUGUUUUUAUAGAGUUUAAAGGGACAGUGUGCAAUGUUCUCCACUAGAGGGAGCGUUUUCACAACCAGCAAACACAGCUGUGAUUUGAACAAAACACCAUUGGCUGUUUUGAAAAGGGGAGGAGCUACUUUAUGCCCCGCCCUGUCUUUAUGUAAUUUUGGUUAUAUUUUAUAUGCAGGUGCUAUAAUUUGGCAGUGUUGCUAAUUUUUGCACAUUAUACUUUUCUGUUUUGUUAAUGUGCAUUUCCUUCCCAAAUUAACCUAAAAAAUUAAAUCACCAUUAAAUGGGUUUUUCCUGGUUUGAGAUAUUGCUCAAUAACAAUAAAGGACUUAAACUUCAUUACAUCGUGAUUAAAGGCGCAGUAUGUCAUUUUCUCCAUCAGAGGGAGUGUGUUCACAACAAACAAAGGCAGAGAUGUGAUGUAACAAGUCACUAUUGGCUUUUCUUUUGAAAAGGGGAGGAGCUACUCUAUGCACAGCCCUGUUUUAAUGUAUCAGUUGAAAUGAUGUGAAUUAUCAAAUUAAAAUGUGCAUUUAAAAGUGCUUCAGGGGAUCGUUAGAGGCACACUGUGUAAUUUUGGUCAUAUUUUUUAAUGCAGAUGCACAAUAACCUUUUUUGGUAGUUCCAUAUAUUUCUGUAUUAUUAACAUGCAUUGUCCCUGGCAUAAAAUCUAAUACAUUUUCUGUUUCAAUAGCAUUACAGAAGACUUAAUUUCACUAUAUAUUAAUGUAGAAUUGUAAAAGGUGCAAUGUGUAAUUCUGGCCACAUGAGGGCAUUAGUGGAGCGAUGCAAUGCUGUAUUCACAACAAAUCACUUUUUAUUAAUUUAAAGACAACUAAAUGAUUCUGAUACAAUUAUGCAUUUGAAAUGA